AUGCCUCCCGCCCAAGAUCCGACCCAGUCAUUGCUACGAUGGGGCAUCGAGAACGCCGCUCCCAACUCGCUGCUGCCCCUGCACGAGGACAUCCAAGCCGGGCGUCGACCCGAUCUCAACACCGACAUCCUCAAGGCCAUCAUGGGCACCACCGACGCCGACCGCAUGCGCGAAUGCCUCAUGGUCAUUGAGGGCAAGUGGGUCGACCGCGAUGGGACGGGGAAAGCUCAGGGCGUGGCGAAGGAGAAUGCCGAGGUCACCGCAGAGGACAGGUACAGGGCUUGGGAUGACUUGGAGAUGGUCAGUUGUGCUUUCAUGUGUGAUCCUACCUGAGCUGACACGAGCGUUCUCUCUCUCUCUCUCUCUUUCCUCGUCCCACCUCUCUCGCCGAACUUCGCAAUCGAAGCUCAUCGAAGAUAUCGACAAUGCCAACGGUUGGUCGCUUCGAACCAGUUUGGGUUGAGACCUCAACGACCCCAAUAUUCCGUACUGACUUGAUUCACAUUCCAACCGCAUACGCGCAUCAGACAUGCAAAACCUCGGUCUGUGGAAGCCCAUCGUCGCGCACCUCACCGAUGACGACACCGACGUGGUCAUGAGAGCAUGCUGGGUCUGCGGUACCGCUGUUCAGGUCAGCAAACGACAUUGCGCGAGCUGCUUUCAUACAUUACACUGAUCGAUACCAAUUUGAACGCCUCUGCAGAACAACCCGAAAGCGCAACAAGCUGUACGUUAAUCAGAGAAAGCUUUUCUCGUCCUUGGGUUGGUCACUGACCCCUUCCGUGACAUGUUGACCCGCAGUUCCUUGCACUGGACCCCUUACCGACCAUCACAUCGAUCAUCACGUCGGCGUCGACUCCGAUCGGGACGCGCAACAAGGCCAUGUACUGCCUCUCGUCGACACUCAAGCACUCGGCACCGGCCGUUGCGCGCUUCUCCGAGCUGCAAGGCUGGAACACAUUGACACAAUCUCUACAAGGUGUGUUUGGGUACCAGAGGAGCUUCAGGCAUAUCUGUGCUGACCGUGUCUUUUGUUUCACUUGUUAUUUGUAGACCCAUCCCAGGUUAUGCGGACCAAGGCCGCCUUCCUUCUGUCUCAACUCGUCUCGCAAUCUUCCUCCCCGAAAGAGAUGAUUUCGUCACUACGCACCUCCAACACACUCUCGACCCUGCUCGCAUCCUUGUUCAAGUCCUCGGCCACACCGACAGGGCCGGACGGUGAUUCUGCAGAGAUCGACGCCGAUUAUCGCGACAAGGUGUUGCGAUUCUUUGUUAACGCGAUCGAGCGCGAUGCCGAUGCUCUACAAAAGGAAGAGAAGGAACAGGUCGUCAAGGCUGUACGGGAAGCCGAGGGAGAAGGGUGGAAAGGUCAGGAGGAUCUGGGCAUGAGUGAAGAGGAGUGGAAUGCUUUUGUCGAAAGCCUGAGUGAAUGA